AUAUGAUCUAGAUCAAAGCUCAAAACUCUCUCUCUCUAUAUAUAUAUAACACCAAAGAAGUGUAGUGUAUGUAUAUAUAUAUACAUAUAUAUAUAUAGAUAGAUAUAUAGAUUGAAAAUGUGGAUGAUGAUGUUGAUAAUGUUGUUGUUGUUAGUGUCAAAUGGGGAAGAAGUAGGUGGGAGUAGUGGUGAGGUUGAAGAUGGGAUUAUCAGUAGAAAUCUUCUGGCAAAUGGACUAGCUUUAACACCUCCCAUGGGAUGGAAUAGUUGGAAUCACUUCCAAUGCAGUAUUGAAGAAAAAUUGAUUAGAGAAACAGCUGAUGCAAUGGUGUCAAGUGGACUUGCUGCACUAGGAUACCAAUAUAUAAAUUUAGAUGAUUGUUGGGCAGAACUUAACCGAGACUCCAAGGGAAAUUUGGUGCCAAAAUCUUCAACAUUCCCUUCGGGAAUCAAAGCUUUAGCUAAUUAUGUCCAUAGCAAAGGGUUAAAGCUAGGGAUUUACUCGGACGCUGGAACUCGAACAUGUAGCAAUACUAUGCCUGGUUCACUAGGCCACGAAGAGCAGGAUGCAAAAACCUUUGCUUCUUGGGGAGUUGACUACUUGAAGUAUGAUAAUUGUUUCAAUACUGGAACCAAUCCAAAAGAAAGGUACCCAAUAAUGAGUCAAGCUUUAUUGAACUCCGGAAGGCCAAUCUAUUUUUCCUUGUGUGAAUGGGGACAAGAGCAACCUGCAACUUGGGCUCCAAAAAUUGGAAAUAGUUGGAGAACAACUGGUGACAUUUCAGAUAAAUGGGAAAGUAUGAUAUCUUGCGCUGAUGAAAACGACAGAUGGGCAUCCUAUGCUGCACCUGGAGGAUGGAAUGAUCCUGAUAUGCUUGAAGUGGGAAAUGGUGGAAUGACAACAGAAGAGUAUCGUGCGCAUUUUAGCAUUUGGGCACUUGCUAAGGCUCCUUUACUAGUUGGAUGUGAUAUUAGAGCAAUGGACAAUGUAACCUUAGCUUUGCUUAGCAACAAAGAUGUUAUCUCUGUUAAUCAAGACAAACUAGGAGUUCAAGGAAAAAAGAUAAAAAAAGAUGGUGAUUUAGAGGUCUGGAGUGGUCCCCUUAGCAAAAACAGGACCACAGUAGUGUUGUGGAACAAAGGCACUUCAAGUGCCACAGUUAUAGCUUACUGGUCAGAUUUGGGCCUAAAUCCAACGGCAGUGGUUAAAGCACAUGAUCUUUGGACGCAUUCGAUUCAACGAGGGCUAAAGGGAAAUAUUUCGGCAAAUAUAGAAUCACAUGCAUGUAAAAUGUUUGUUCUAACUCCACAGUAAUUACACUGUGGUUAACAAUAUAUAUAGGACACUAUUUCGGUGCAACCAUUUGACUAUUUUUUUUAAUGACAGUAUGCAUUGAUGUCAUUUAAGACAUUAUAAAUUUUCAAGAAA